AUGCCAAUCUUCACUAUGACACUGGGCGCCUUAUCCAACAUCAUUGGCCUGGGCAUCCUGGUCAAGUCGCACACUCGAUUCCGGCAGCGCUCAAAGGCGGCCUUUCUCCUGCUGGCCAGCAGCCUGCUCUUCAUAGACUUUGCCGGCCAUGUCAUUCCGGGGGCUUUUGCUCUUCGUCUCUAUGCUGCCAACAUGCGAUGGGAUGACAUUGAUCGUUCAGGCACCUUGUGCCAACUCUUUGGUGCCUGCAUGGUGUUUUUUGGACUCUGCCCGCUGUUCCUCAGUGGUGCCAUGGCCCUGGAGCGUUGCAUUGGAGUCACCAGGCCCCUGCUGCACUCCAGAGAAGUCACCUCCAGCCGCGCCAAGCUCGCCGUGGCCCUGAUGUGCUGCAUGGCCUUCCUGAUUGCCAUUUUGCCACUGCUGAAGGUGGGCAGGUACACCAGGCAGUUCCCAGACACCUGGUGCUUCGUGAAGAUCCACGGGCAGCUGUCAGCGGUGGAAUUCGGCCUCUCAGUCUCUUUCUCCAUGCUGGGCUUAGUCUCGCUGGCCUUGUCGCUCCUCUGCAACUGCCUCAGCGGCUUGGCGCUGCUGAAGGCCAGGCUAAGUAGGCACCGGCCCGGCAACUCCUGCCAACAUAACCUGCAUUCCCACGACAUCGAGAUGAUAGCGCAGCUGCUGGGAAUCAUGCUGGUGUCCUGCGUCUGCUGGAGCCCCUUUCUGGUCUUCAUUGUCCUGUCUGUCAGCCGGUCCUUCCACGGCUCAGAACACGACGUGCAGCACUACCAAUACCUGCUAUUCUUGGGGGUGCGUUUGGCCUCGUGGAAUCAAAUCCUGGACCCGUGGGUCUACAUACUCCUACGCCGCGCCGUCCUCAGGAGGCUCUGCCGACCCUGCCAACCCCAGCGUGCUUUCAGACUAACAUCCUCUCAAGUUUUGAGCAGAGUCACCAACGACAAGUCCUAGCAGCACCCUGACUGCAUGUGCAAGGACCCUGGCAGCUGAGCAACUGAACGGACGGAGCCCACCGUCACCUUCCAUGUUAAAGCAGCACCCACUGAGAGGCUCAAGGGGGACUAGACAAGGCAGCAUGGCAGACACGUGGACUUCAGAGACAGACAGCGAUGGGUCAAGAGGAGCCAAGGGAGCCGCCUACAGACCCGAGUCAACCAGGCCACUCUUUGCAGUGCAGCCACAGAAAGUGAUGCCGCCUUGCCCACCUGUAGGAGGCUCCGACUGCUCAGCUGUGAAACACGACCGUGUAGGCACUGUAGUCAGGAUUCAAGAAUAUGAAGACCCCAGGCUCAUGUCUCUUCAGCCCCACUGGGUGGCAACACGAAACAAACAAAACAAUUAAAUUACCUAACUGCUCCUGCUCUGCCCACACUGGGACCCGCUGCCAUUCUUAAACAGAAGAGCACACCGGAAAGACCGCUAACAGCCAGCCACUUCACAAUUCAUGACCUGCGCCUCCACUUGGCCUGCACGUCUCUGCCACUUUGCAGACGUCUCCCUUGGUCCUUCUAGGCCGUCUGCUGCAUAAUAAAAUCAGGUCUGGACAGACACCCUGUGCCAGGACAGGCGGCCUUUCUUGACUUUGUGACAACGCUGCCCUGCAGAGUAAAAAUGGCAUUUGGGCCUGGGGGUCCCACAUGGCAAGGGCAACCAUGAACAAUGCAGACAUGAUGCUUACAA